AUGGCGAUGGAGUUUCAGCUCGACAUCGCGUUCCUGGAGCGGCCCGAGGACAACCUGACCACAGAGCGCACCUACCCCGGCGACCUUCUUGCAGGCCUUGCGGAAGCCAUGAAGGGUAAUGCUCCCAGCGUUUCGUCUGGGUAUGAUGCGCCUAGCGCGUCACCUGGAUACCAUGCUCCCAAUGUUUCACCAGGCGCACCCAGUGUGUCAUCGGGCUACAAUGCUCCCAACGUUUCGUCUGGGUAUGGUGCGCCUACGCCCUAG